UGUAUAUCGCCUGCUGAGCACAGGGCCGCAUACACUCGCUGCAAUAGGGAAGGGGGUGUGUGAGUGAUGUAAAAGCUCAGUCAGUCAUUGUCCCCUGGGCUACCCCGGCCAUACCAUCACUAGCACCCCCCUUACUCUCAGCUACCACGGACUAUUUCCCCUCAAAGUUGGCUCCAGCCCCAGCAGCCGCCUUGGAUCCGUCAGCUUACUGUGAGACUCCGGUGUACAACCCGGAUCUCUGCCCGAACAUGGUGGCGGCCCAGGCCAAGCUGGUGUAUCACCUGAACAAGUACUACAAUGAGAAGUGCCAGGCGCGCAAGGCGGCCAUCGCCAAGACUAUCCGGGAGGUGUGCAAGGUGGUGUCGGACGUGCUGAAGGAGGUGGAGGUGCAGGAGCCCCGCUUCAUCAGUUCCCUCAAUGAGAUGGACAACCGCUACGAGGGGCUGGAGGUGAUCUCCCCCACGGAGUUCGAGGUGGUGCUGUACCUCAACCAGAUGGGGGUCUUCAACUUCGUGGAUGACGGCUCCCUGCCGGGCUGCGCCGUGCUCAAGCUGAGUGAUGGCAGGAAGCGGAGCAUGUCCCUGUGGGUGGAAUUCAUCACCGCCUCCGGGUACCUCUCCGCCCGGAAGAUCCGCUCCCGGUUCCAGACCCUGGUGGCCCAGGCGGUGGAUAAGUGCAGCUACCGGGACGUGGUGAAGAUGGUGGCGGAUACGAGCGAGGUGAAGCUGCGCAUCAGGGACCGCUAUGUGGUACAGAUCACCCCCGCCUUCAAGUGCACCGGCAUCUGGCCCCGCAGCGCUGCCCACUGGCCCUUGCCCCACAUCCCCUGGCCCGGGCCCAACAGGGUGGCAGAAGUCAAGGCCGAGGGCUUCAACCUGCUCUCCAAGGAGUGCCACACGCUGGCGGGCAAGCAGAGCUCGGCCGAGAGUGACGCCUGGGUGCUGCAGUUCGCCGAGGCCGAGAAUCGCUUGCAGCUGGGCGGCUGUAGGAAGAAAUGCCUCUCCUUACUCAAAACCCUGCGGGACCGGCACCUGGAGCUGCCCGGGCAGCCGCUCAAUAACUACCACAUGAAAACCCUGGUGUCCUACGAGUGCGAGAAGCACCCCCGGGAGUCGGACUGGGACGAGUCGUGCCUGGGGGACCGGCUGAAUGGCAUCCUGCUGCAGCUCAUCUCCUGCCUCCAAUGCCGCCGCUGCCCGCACUACUUCCUGCCCAACCUCGACCUCUUCCAGGGGAAACCCCACUCCGCCCUGGAGAACGCUGCCAAGCAGACCUGGAGGCUGGCAAGGGAGAUCCUCACCAACCCCAAGAGCCUGGAGAAGCUCUGAGCCCCAUGGGCAAGCCUGGGAUACAAACUGGCACAGGGUUACACAGACUGGCACACUAGGAUUUCACUGACAAGCUGCUGCCCUCCAGCUGGCACUGAACUACAAAUCCCAAAAUUCCAGCCUAGCCUGGAUGUAGGAAUAUACCCGGCUAAGAAGCGAUGAGGGGGAUGCUGGGAGUUGUAGUUGUACAGCAGCCGGGGGGCAGAAGGUUGGCUGUGUUCGCAUCUUGCACCCCCGAAAGGGCAACGAGUCAAUCCCGGGAUCGAGUGUGUUGUUACUCGCUGAUGGAUACAAUCUCCCGGCUCUGUACUGCAGCUAAACUCAUCCUAAAUAAAAAGGAACAUCGCCAUUGCUGUAAACACAAAUCAGACUUCUUUUUAUAAAUUAUUUAAAGAACUGCGCAAUUUUAAAAGGUGUCGUUGGAGAGAAAAAAAAAACUCGAUUUAUCGUGCACUCAGCCCGUUAGAAUAAAAAUAUAUGAAUACAAAUCAUUUCAAGAAAAAAAAAAAA